AUGGCAUGCCCGUAUGAGUCGAACAAAGACGAGAAAAGAGAAGAGAAGAUAAGAAAGUACCAACAGCUUUGUUAUGAAUUACGGGAAAGACGGGACGGAUAUAAAGUGAAAGUUAUACCAACGGUGAUCGGCUGUUUAGGACGAGGGAUGAAAAGACUGAAAGAUGAUAUAAGAGAGUUGGUUAACAACGAGAUUAAAGAUUUACACUGCAAGAUAAGUAGAGAAAUGCAAAAGACUGUAUUAUGGGAAAGCGAGACAAUUAUGAGAAAAAUACUAUCUGGACUGUUGACACGAGAUGUCUUCGAAUAA